AUGUAUCAAGGAAGUUCUCACACUCACAGAAAAAUGGAGGAAGCAGAUUCCCCACCGGGAUCCUCUCCUGGCCUUGCCAAGCGGCGGUCACGGAAUGUGGCGAUCAGCGAAGACCACACCAAUGCCAAUGUCCCAGUGGUCGUCGACGACAGAAAUAGCCCAGCGGGACCUCCUGCACCUGAUGAUCCGAAAAUAGCGAAAAUCAAAUAUACCGAGGAAGACGAAACCCGGUUGCGGAGCCAGUAUUUCUGGAUGAGCUUGCUGUUCGGUUUAAUUUUCGGUGGCACCGCUUGCUCGACCUCGAUUCUGACUUCCCUGGUCGGCGACCGGGUCGGCAGUGGCAGCAACGGCGUUUUUUACCUUUCCGCUGCUCUCUCCGCGCUCGUGCUCGGCGUCCCGGCGGUCGAGAGCGUCGGCCCACUGAAGGCCAUGGUCAUCGGCGGCGCCCUGCAGGCGGUCUACCUCAUGCUGCUCUGGUUCGCGGCGCACAAUCAUGAUUUCAAGAAAGAAGAUUCGAAGGGAACAACAGCUUCCAAUGCCGGCGAAGGUGGCGGUGGCAGCUCGUCUUUCUGGGAAGCGGGAGCCGCCCCGAGUGGUGCUGGCAGCUUUGUCACCAAUGACACGUUUUUCACCGUGGCUGCGUGCGUCGCGGGGCUCGGGCUCGGGCCUUUUUGGGCCGGCAAGGGGGUGUUCUACGCAAACACGUGCGAAGCGAUCUCCCGAUGUCACAGUGCCAGUAGUGAGAGCACGUCAGAAGAAGUUCCACCUCUACAGCAAGAUGAAGCGGUCCCACUGCUUGCGUCCUCUCCGAAUCGGCCAGCUGCAAAUAGCCCGGGGACAAACUCCUCCCCGAAUGAUUCGCUUCCGGAGGAUCCGACGCUGUCCCGCGAGCGCACGAAGGAUAAGGAUGUGAAGAUGACUAAACAGGAACGCCGACUGGAGAAGUUAGACGAGGCCGGCUUGCAACUCGGCGUGCUCUUCGGCGCGCUGUUUCUCGGGUUCGAAUUCUUGAUCAAAAUCGGCGCGGGGGGCGUGCUGUCGCUUCUGGGGGAGGACAAGAAAACCGACGUCUUCGCGGUUUUUGGUACCCUGACAGCCUCUGCGUCUCUGUUGCUGCUGCUCCUCGUCACCGACCCGCCAGAGGCGGGGGUUGUCGUUGCUACAAAAAAAGACGACGGUGCUCCUUACGGGGCAUUGAGCAUGUUCGCGGCACUUGGCUCGGUCACGCGGCUGUUUUACGACGCACCCUACGUCAUGCUGGUGUCCAUCAUGAACAUCACGUUUGGUGGGACCGUCGUGCUGGUUCUGAGCUACAUGAACCGGCAUAUUGUCAAACGAGGUACUAUAAAUGUUUAUCGUUUUUUUGGCAUCCAUGGCGCCAACUCCAAAAAUUCUUGUUUUACGAUGUAGAUAUAGCUUUGGCUUUUGGCGGUGCCCUCCCCUUCGCAUGAUGCAGAUAUAAGAAAAAACCUCAACAAAACGACCUAAAUGAGGUUUCAACAACGAGGACCAGUAUGUUGCCAUGUUUGCGUCGGUCCCCGUCCUCGCGGCCGGGUGUUUCACGCUGAUUGUUCGUUGCACGCCGCCGGGAAAAAACUACCUGCCCGCCCUCGCCGCCAGCCUGGCCAUGGGCGUGAUACCGCUGUGCCUGUGGCUCGGCGUGACCAAAACCCCGCCCCCGGAGCCCGCGCCUCUAUGCACUGCAAAAGUAUCGUACUCGUAUAAAUGCAUUACAAAUUCCCUCAGCAUGAGAAAGAAAAUUUGUCAUGCGGAUUUACCUUGGGAAGAAAAUUUGUAAUGCAGGACUUGCAUUUAUUCGAGUGCGAUACUUUUGCACAGGAUAACCUCCGAUGCAAAGCAACUACACCGCUUUGAUCGUCUAUGCAUCUGUCAGGAUUGAAAUCGUCAAAAUUGAAAUGAUUUGUCAUGCAUAAAAUGCAAGGCAUGAAGUGCCUGUCUUGCCGGGAUGGCAAGCGAGGCAGAUUGUGGGCCUAUUUAGGGUUUGGGAUAGAGCUGCUAAAGGAGCAUGACAAAAGCAGUCGUCUGUGCCCAAACAGCAUGACAAAUUGGAUUCCGGUGCUCCGGAAAUUUGUCAUGCGCCGCUUGGAAAUUGGUCUUCCAACUCGUAUCCAUUUUAUGCAUGGCAAAUCAUUUCAACUUUGUCGAUUUCAAGCCUGACGCUUCCAUAUCGUCUACAUUGCGCAGGGCAUCGCGCGGGCCACCUUCGAGACCGCCAACCGGGCCAUGUUCCUCGAGGUCUUCAGCGGGACACCGUUCGUUUCCGAAGCCUUUGCCAGUAUCCAGGUCACGCAUUCCGGCGCCGUGGCGCUGGGCCUGUUUUUCGCGGCGAGCUCUGCGGACGCCCCGCUGGUCGUGCGGGAUGUGCUCUGUGUGGGCAUCACGGUGCUGUCCAUCGUCCUCGUGCCCGCCUACUUCGUCGCGCGGAACCGCGCGCAGCAAGACAAGAUCGCGGAAGUGGUCGAGCAACUGCAGGCGGCGGACAAGGGAUUGGUAGUGCGGCAGUUUUCGGAACUGCGGGAGCGCAGCACCGCGCAGGCCUUCCUCGUGCGCAGCAGGACGGGUUCAAAAACCGACGAGGACGUGUUGCCGGUCAUUGCGGGCAGCCCGCCGUAA